ACAAACAAACACUCAAACUUGCCAUCCUCCUGCCUCAGCCUCCCAAGUGCUGGGGUGACUGCCAGGUUCGCACCCCCGCUGUGGGCUGGAUGUGUCUUCUCCCUCGUGUGCGCACCGGGCGCCUGGCGCUGUCAUUCAGCACCGGGCUGACACUGGCCCGCGCUGCCUCGUGUGUCGCUGGCUCUCCUGGAACCUUCUGAAGCCUGGGGCCAGCGUGUCAGAAGCCGUGGGGCUGAAGGCGAAAGCGGGAGGGAGCGGCCCCUCCGGGCAGCAAGCUUCAACGUGUUCCGGGGAGGGGACAGGACGGCCGGGGACGCGGCUGCGCGUGGACCUGAUGCGGCGGCGGGUGGCCGGGCCGUGCCUCCUCGUCCUCCUCCUGCUGUCCCGGCAGAGUGGCUCCGACUCGGGCCCCAGGAACCUGAGCUGCUACCGAGUGUUCAACGAGGGCCACUAUGAGUGUACCUGGCAGUACGAUGGCCCCGCAGAGGCAGUCAGCUACUUCCUGAGGUGCUGCCUCGGCGGCGGCGCGGGGCCCUGCUGCUACAUCCAGGCGGGCGCGGCCACGCGGCUGCAGUUCUCCGACCAGCACGGCGUGCCGGUGCUCCGCGACGUCACGCUCUGGGUGGAGUCCCGGGCCGCCAACCGGACGGCGAGGUCGCCGGAGGUCACGCUGCGGCUGCACGAGUGGGUGAGAUACGACCCCCCGCAGAGGGCGGCCAGGGCGUCGCUGUCGCCCCGGGGGCUGAGGAUGGUGUGGGAGACCCCUGAGGACAGCGCCCAGGUGCAGUUCCAGCGUCGCAGGCCCAGCGGCUCGUGGGAGUUGGGUUUCUGUGGACCGCAGGACGAGCCUGGCCUAGGUGAGCGUGACGACAGUGACAGCGGCUGCUCCAAGUCCUGCCUGUGCCCGCUGGUGGACGUGGCGCAGGAGUUCCAGUUCCGGUGGCGGCGGCUCCGGUCUGGGGUCCCAGGGGGCCCCUGGAGCGACUGGAGUGGCUCGGUGUGCGUCCCCCCUGAAAACCCCCCGAAGCUCGCCGUGACGCUGCAGGUGGCGGGGCUGGGCCAGGACGGGCUGCGGCAGCUGACCGUGCAUGGACAGGUUCCUACUGGCUGUGGCUGGCACAUGUCUGUGAUCCCAGCACUCGGGAGGCUGAGGCAGGAGGAUCGUCCCAAGUUCAAGGCCAGCCUGGACUACUUACUGCCGCCGCCCGAGCUCCCCAAGGGCUGCCCGGAGGCCCCGCCCGGCGAGGAGCUCACCUACUUCCUGCGACUGCACAUGCGGUCUUGUCCCUGCCAGGCCAAGGCUGUGCGGACCCUGCACCUGGGCAAACGCAGGCUGUUCCUCUCGGGCGGCGCCUACGAUGUGGCUGUCAUCUCCUGCACCCGCCUGGGCCCGGGCCCAAACCAGACAUGGCACGUUCCCGCGGUGCCCGCCGCCACCCACGCAGGCCCCGGGGCCCUGAGCAUCGGUGCGGGGGCCAACGGGACGACAGUGAGCUGGGAGGUGUGGGCCCCGGGUGUGACCCACUGCGUGGAGUGGCAGCCGCACGGCCGGGACGCCGCCCCCGACUGCCUGCUGCUGUCGCCGCGGGACCCGGGCCCGGCAGGAUCAGUGACGCAUAGCUGGAGCCCGGGCCCAGGAGGGGGACAGGAGCAGUGUUACAACGUCACCGUCUUCGCCUCUGUGCACCCCGACAAGCCCACAGCAUGGUCAACUGUGCUGUCCACCUACUACUUCGGGGGCGACGCCUCGGUGGCCGGGAUCCCGCCGCGCGUGUGGGUGGAGAACUGCAGCGAGCGCUCGGCCGGGGGAGGACGGCGGCCGCGCCGCAGAGCAGCUUGUGUCGCCCACGGAGACCCAAGUCACCCUCCGGGGCCUGCGACCUGGGACCACGUACACAGUGCAGGUGCGCGCAGACACGGCCUGGCUGCGGGGCGCCUGGAGCCCGCCCCAGCGCUUCAGCCUUGCCCCACAGGAGUCCCGUGUGUCCGUCCUGUCUGUGUCCGUGGGAAGCUUUGUGACCAUCCUCCUGCUGGGUGCCCUGGGGUACCUCGGCCUGAGCAGGGCUGCGCGGCACCUGUGGCCGCCUCUACCCACACCUGGUGCCAGCACCGCAGUGACGUUCCAGGACAGCCCGGGGAAGCAGUGCCUGUGGCCCGCCCCGGCGGACUUCCUGGAGGAGGCGUCCCCGCCAGAGACGCUGGUGGUGGAGAUGUGUGGGGACCAAGAUGCGGGCCCGAGGGCGGCGCCCGCCGUAGACGCUGGGCCGGCCGGGCAGCAGCAGGGGCGCUCGGCGGCGGAGGACGCACACAGGGCCCCGCUGCUCCUGCAGGACCAGAGGCGGACCCG